GUUGCAUACUUCUGCUUUAGAGGGCACUUCACUAUACUGAUGGGUUAAUUUCGCGCCAAUUUUUUAUGGUUUGACAAUUUUCGAUUGUAUCUUUUUUCUGUUUUAUGACUUACUUUGUUAUGUUGAUAUAUGUUAAUAUAGUUGCACGUACUAACAGGCGCUUUUAGAAAUAUAAACACGAUUGUAACAUAUAUGAAAAGUGAUAAAAAUGGUGCGUCGCAAAGCCGAUCCAAGAUCACAUACCAAUUCAAAAUCAAACCGUGAAACGUCCAGAACUCGUGUUUUAGUAAAUAACGGAAAAAAUCGUAGGAGAGCACGUGUCUUAAAUGAAAUUCGUUAUUUGAGAAAAUCUAUCAAGUUAAUUAUACCGAAACUUCCAUUUGUUCGUUUAGUUAAACAAAUUAUUAUGGAAUGCAGUGUUGACUUGAAAAUCGACAGGAUACAGGCAUUUGCACUUGAAGCACUGCACGAGGCAACGGAAGCUUACCUUGUUCAAUUCUUCGAAGACUGUAAUUUAUUAAUCAUGCAUGCAAAGCGUGCAACCCUUAUGAUCAGAGAUAUGCAUUUAAUGCGUAUACUUAGAGGAAGAUCUGAUAUUAUAAAUAGAUGAAUUAAAUUAAUUGUCAAAUUGUAAAUAUAACAGUGUUAAAAUGUAUGUCACAGUACCUGACUUCAUGACCUUAAUCUUGAUAUUAAUGAAAUAGAAUAGUUUACAAGUUUUUUUUUUUUUUUUUAUAGGUUUAAAGUCGCAUCAACAUCCUAUUCGCGACUACACUGAAUAUUAUUAAAUUUUGUUUGGCAAGUUGCUUUCAAUAAACUUAAUAAGGUUAUCUAAGUUACUACUUGGUUACGAGUGUUACAUUUGUGUACAUGAAUUAUGAUUUUUUUAUGUAACAGUAUUUCUAUUUUUAUAAUAAACUAUUAUUGAAAUAAAGCUACUACGGUUGUUAAAUUAAUUAAUUGCAGUAAAUAAAAAUUUUAUGCGACAGUGUAUUCAAAUAAAUAUUUAAUCAAAGGUUUGAUGUAAGAAAAAUGCAUUAGUGUCGAACGUUUGGCGAGCCGUUUGUCAAUGGCAGACUAACUAGGCCCGUAGUAGUUUGCUAAAUAAAAUUUAUUCCGUGAGAAACAUUCAAACUUUUGAUAAAAUUCUUAAAUUUUACUUUGCGAAACUUUGGUAAAAUAUACAUUUUUCGAUUUUUAGGCAGGAUCUUAAAAUAGUACAAUAUCGAAGUUUCGUAAGGAAUUCGUACGAAUUUGUUCGAACUUGCUACGUACGUAAGAUAACAUCAGUUAAAAGUGAUACAGUAAAAACGUUUAUUAAACGAUAAAGGUAACGUAAGCAAUUGUUACGUUACAAUUGUUGUUAUUUUCAUGUUGUGUUAGCUGCCUUCACUUACGACGUACACCGCAAGCGAAACAUUAUACUCGAUAUUCUAAAAAAAAACCGACUAAAAAAAUUGUAUUACAAAUAACAAUGCUAAUUAUCUAUGCGUUUACAUAUCUAUAAUACAAUUUGAUAAGGAAAUAUAUAAUAGCCGCCUGAAAAAAGCAGGCUACUCUCUUUUUCUCUCGCACCUGUAAAAAGAGAAUCUCAUUUAUUUCCUAAU